AUGGCAAGCGGGGACUCCGACGUCACCCGCAGAGCUUGGGAUGUGGUUCGCCUUGCGCUGCUGUGGCCGUGGAGAGGCGGGGCGUUCAGGCGGCUCCUCGCGGUCAAGUUCCGUCUCGCCGUGGCUAGAUUCGUCAAGAGCAUCGGUGGCGGUUGCGGCUACCACAGCUCGAUGCCCAUUCGUUACAGGGAGCGCGAGCUCUCGUUCGACAAGACCCUGGUCUUCCACGUCAAGAUGCAUCGACCCGGAGCAUCCACGAGGUCCCGCUUCCGCCUCCCUCGCAUCCCCUGCAUCAGCCACAAGGACGGCGACUGGGAGAGGAAGAGCCCGGUCGCUGUAGAAGACGGAGGAGAAUGUAGAUGCAGAGGUGGCGGACGAGGCGGAUGCCUUAGCUUAACCACCGCCAUCGUUCGUUGCGAUCGUCAACUUCUCUGA